AUGACGACUACCUCUGAAAGUCCCUCUCUGAUGAACACGGUCCCUGUGGGCUUCAAAGGUUACGGGCUGUCUCCCGGCCAGCUGACGUCAUCAGGCAGCUUCUCGUACAGCGACGGGAACACGUACAGCAUCACGCACGGCUCGGUCAUCAUCGCCGCCAUCACGUCAUGCACCAACACGUCCAACCCGAGCGUCAUGUUGGGGGCCGGUCUACUAGCAAAGAAGGCUGUAGAAAACGGUCUGUCUGUCCUUCCAUACAUCAAGACUUCGUUAUCACCAGGGUCGGGUGUGGUCACAUAUUAUUUGAAGGAGUCCGGUGUGGUUCCGUAUCUAGAGAAGUUGGGUUUCAACAUAGUAGGUUACGGAUGUAUGACGUGCAUCGGUAACUCCGGCCCUAUAGAUGACAACAUCGCGAAUACUAUAGAAAAGAACGAGUUAGUUUGCUGUGGCGUGCUCUCCGGUAACAGAAACUUCGAGGGUCGCAUACAUCCUAACACAAGAGCCAACUAUCUAGCGAGUCCCUUGCUUGUUAUAGCGUAUGCUCUAGCCGGGACCGUUGAUAUCGACUUUGAGAAACAACCGCUGGGGUCGCGCGCGGAUGGCUCGCCGGUGUUCCUGCGAGACAUCUGGCCGACGCGUGCUGAAAUACAGGAAAUAGAGAACAAAUAUGUCAUACCUGGCAUGUUCAAGGAGGUGUAUGAAAAAAUAGAGCAAGGUUCUUCUUCGUGGCAGACGCUACAAGUACCUCAAGGCAAGCUCUACAACUGGGACGAAAGUUCCACAUAUAUUAAGAGACCGCCGUUCUUCGAUGGCAUGACUAGAGAGUUACCUUCCAUAAAGAGUAUCUCGGGCGCCAGGUGUCUGUUGCUGCUGGGUGACUCGGUCACUACAGACCACAUCUCACCCGCUGGCUCUAUAGCCAGGAACUCACCGGCUGCCAGAUAUUUAGCUGAGAGGGGCCUGACUCCUCGCGAGUUCAACUCGUACGGCUCCCGUCGCGGUAACGACGCGGUCAUGUCCCGCGGCACGUUCGCCAACAUACGGCUUGUGAACAAGCUCGCCUCGCCCGGACCACGGACACUACACGUACCAUCGGGAGAUGUGAUGGAUGUGUUCGACGCUGCUCAGAGAUACGCAGAUGAGAAGGUUCCUCUGAUAGCUAUAGUGGGUAAGGACUACGGGUCCGGCUCUAGCAGGGACUGGGCGGCUAAGGGACCGUACUUGUUGGGCAUCCGAGCUGUAAUAGCUGAAUCCUUCGAGAGGAUCCAUCGUUCCAACCUGGUCGGUAUGGGGAUAGUUCCCCUGGAGUUCAUUAACGGAGAGAACGCGGAGAGUUUGGGACUCACCGGCACGGAGAGAUAUGACAUACAUGUACCUCAAGAUGUGAAGACCGGACAGACAUUGACUGUUGAGGUGGACAGCGGUAAAUCAUUCCAAGUGAAAGUUAGAUUUGACACGGAGGUUGACUUGACAUACUUCAGGAACGGAGGCAUCUUGAACUAUAUGAUUAGAAAGAUGCUGUGA